ACCUACCUGGGGCAAUAAAUCUAACCGUGUUACGUGUGUGUAUCGACAGUAUCAGUUAUGAGGAAAAUAUGUAAAUAACGGAUUCCAUGCACGAAAAAUUGAUUUCCCUUCCUAUUGACCGGGGAGGUUGUUUUAUAUGUCAUAACAAGACUCAAAUACGUGUUGAUAUUGGAGCUGGCUGUCAUUCAUUUCGUUGUUAGUUUAAUUGUUUACCUGUUCACAGGUAGAGUAGUCAAUUACGGUGGAGGUGAAGGGUUCAGGACAAGUGCAGGAAUCGUGUAUUGCUGUUUUGUGUCAGAGAGACGUAUUACUAACGCUCCCCAUGCUUAACGCCAUGUUAUAUGUGUUUUCAGUAACGACUGUUUGAUAUCCAAGUAGGGACUACGGCGGUUUAAAUCCUUGGAGCGGUGUAGUGUAUUUGAACGACAAAUAAUAUUUGGAAUAUAUAUGGUAGGUGUGAUAUAUAUGUAUAUAUAUAUAUGUGUGUGCACACCUGGAAUAUCUACCUGGUCAUUUCCAGGUGAAUGUUUAAAAGUGUCCAAUCUCGGCCCGUGGAGGCAUUGUUAACGGACAGGUGUGUGAUAGAGAAUUCCACUUUCAAGGGACAAAAUGGCACAAGGCGACAGCUCGUCGAAACAAGUAAUGUUGACAAAUAGGCGAAAGAAUCCCUCACAACAGGCCGAAUUGGCUGCAAAGGAAACACGUCGAAAUACACGUGUAAAGAAAUCCUCAUCCAGAUUUGAGAAAGGCGUGAAGGAUGCGCUGGAAGUUUCAGAAACAUUGUUGUCUGUGAAAAACUCUGAAAAGAAAAAUAGCAAAAGUUCGAGAAAACGGGAAAAUUCAACUGAAAAGAGUACAGCGAAAUUAAGAGACGCAAAACAAUCUGGUGUGAAAGAAAAUGUGGUUAUGAAUGGUAAAAUUAGUAGUACACCUAAACUUGUUACAAGUAGGGAUUUACGAAAGACGAGUAUAGGAUCACAUGAUAGCAUGGGUUAUCGCCCCUUGAGACCUGUUUCCGGCCACAGUGACCGUCCGGUGAGACCCGGAUCCGAGGAUAGCGUCAGUUCGGCAAUGAGACAGGAAAGAGAGCGUCUAUCUUCUCGGAAGGAUAGUUCAUAUUCCACCUACAUUGAGAUUACCCAUAAUGCAUCUGAGGAUCUCAUAGUAGUAGAAAACGCCGAUUCUGACUGGUCAGAAAGUGAUGGGGACAUCCCUGAAGUUAAAGACGUCAUGCGUCCGACAUCAGAGACAAAUUCAAAACCGGAAGUUGAUGAAGUAAUAACAGAAAAAGAAUCAACCCCUAGGCGGAAACGCCGAACAAGAACGAAGAAAAGGCGAGAAAGAUCAGGACACCAUAGGUCAAAAUCAGCCAAUGACACGGACGAACUGGAAGCACGUGAUCAACCAUUGGUUGAAGCGGAUAUGGAACUGAUGACACAGGAAGUGGCAGCUGAGCCGGUAUAUGUCCCACAUGAUAUAUGGGUGCCCAAACGACGCAUGCGCAAGAAGGGCAAGCAGACGAUGGUGCGCGUGGGAGGAGGUUUCAUGGAUUUAACAUAUUAUCUUCAUUACCACGUACCAAUAAAAGUGUACCAGCCAAAACCAUACGCACAGCUCUUCAACAAACAGAUGUUCAUGGUCAAGUCUAAACGGCCGGAAUCGGCCACUGACCACAAACAAUAUGACCGGCCGAGCUGGGCAACCAUGAACAAAGGUUUCAAAGCUUUUGCUUGUAUAUAAAACAACUGAGGGAUCUCGAAUGGAUUGAUACAUAUGUAUAUACGAAUGUUGACGACUGCUACCGACAUUCACGAACAAGGAAAAUCAAAGUCGAGCAUCUCCAAAUGUAUACAUAAUUGGUGUCGGAAAGCUUCGUAUAUGAAAUAUUUACUGAGGGAUAUCGAAUGGAUUUAGACACAUGUUUAUCCGAAUGUUGACGACUUCUUCCGAACAUUCCCGAAUCCAUGUCGAACAAGGACUAUGAAAGUUGAACAUUUCCGAAUAUAUAUUUUGGUGUUGGAACAAUUCUUAUAUGAAAUAUUUAUUGAAAAAACUUCCUUAUACAGUAUAUUUAGAGAUAUGUUAAAUAAUUAAUUUCAAGAACUGAGAAAAUCAAUUUCAGCGGAAGAAAUAGUCUCUUAGAUACAGUGAUAUGAAAUGUGCCAUAUAUAUUUAAUUAAUGUAUUGUUAUAAUGUACACAAAUAUUUUCAGUGUUGUUGUAGAGUCCUUUCACGAAGAAUGGGCCAUAGGGCCAAAACAGUGUUAUGUCGUUGUGGAUAGUAUAGAUUAUACAUAAUGCUCUGUUAUUGUCCAUAUAAGUGCCUGGCUCCUUUAUUAUAAAACAACCCGUAAUUGGUAGAAUUAUUUCGCCUGAAGAGGCGUGUUCUUAGUUAUAAAUUAUACCUUGACACGGGCUAGACUUACUGCCAUUUCCCUCCUUUAUUAGUGUUACCAAAGUAGAACGAGUCAUUUCCAAUCGCAUUAAAUCAUUUACAUAUAUACAUUGUAUAUCAUAUUACAUAAUCUGUGAUUUUAAUUGGAGAUGUUUGUCCUUUGAAUAGGUGACAAAGCUCUUUUAAAAUGGCGACCCUUCCUCGAAGUUAUAUUGUAUACCAUUCCUAAUUAUCGAUAUCACAAACUCCAUCAUUUGAUUUUGUAAAAUGUCAUUCAAAUUAAAUAUAUUUCUCAUUCCAAGUAGUGACAUUUCAUGCGAGCAUGUUACAUUUUAAUCUUUAUAAAGGCUGAUAUUUCUAAUUCGAAUAGGUGUGAUACGUUACAAGCAUGUACAUGCAUACUGGUCAUCCGGAAUACUUCUGGUCUUUCUUUCGGUAAGAAUGAAAAGCCCAAAGUGGUUCCGAAUGACCAACCAGUAAGUUUUGUUAGAAUUGUCUUCAUGAUUCAUCAGGAUGUUUUUUUUUGUUUUGUUUUGUUGUUGUUGUUUGUUUUUUGUUGUUGUUUUUUGUUGUUGUUUUGCUGGUUUUUUUUCUGUUUAGCUUAUACAUUUCAUAUGUGAUUAUUACAAAUAAUUAUCCAUGCUGACAUACAAGUCACAAAUAGUGUUUCCUCAAGAACCCGACCCGCAGCUCUUGUCCAUUGUUUUAACUAUCAGGGCGACAAAGAUAUUCUUUCCACUUGAGCUUUUAUGAUAUUUCAUACUAGGAGACAAAGACCUGUCUUUAUGUAACUUGGAGUACGAUAUAUAUUGAAAGUGAGAGAGUGCAUGUGUUUCAGACAAAAAUUAAUGUUCUUUUAAAAAUAUUUCCAUGAAACCUUAAAUCGUUAUUAGUUUUAUGUUGUUUGUAUGUAAUGGCAAACAUUUAGUACAUGUUUAUUUUUAUUUCGUCACGAAAUUUACUUUUAUUUUAUAAAUAAUAUAAUUAUAUUUACUCAUAAUAUCUAUAAUGAUAUUAAUAUAAUUUAAGACCGCCUUGUACAGUGACAGAAA